GGUUGUUUCCUGGUCCCAAAAUGGCUGCGCUCUGUCCCGUUUGUGUGGAAAGGGGUGGGAAGGAGUGAAGGCUGAGGGAGUGGGUCGGGGCUGUGAGCCGAGCGGAGGGGGAUGAGGUGACGGUCGCCAUGGCGAGUGACGGCGGCAGGAAGCAGUUUUGGAAGCGGAGCGGCGCGAAGGUGCCGGGCAGUAUUCAACAUGUGUAUGGAGCUCAGCAUCCACCUUUUGAUCCAUUGUUGCAUGGAACCUUGGUAAAACCAGGUUCAAAGCCACCUACAACUCCAGUGAAACUAAAGAAAGUCAGCACCUUCCAAGAAUUUGAAAGUAACACAAGUGAUGCUUGGGAUCUUGGGGAUGAUGAUGAUGAACUCUUAGCAAUAGCUGCUGAAAACUUAAAUACAGAAGUGGUCAUGGAAACGGCUCACAAAGUAAUUGAGAACCAUAGCAAGCUACAAGAACAGCAUAAAUUUCAGGAAGAACAUCUACAGGAAGAAAAACAAGUAGAAUCUGCAGAAUUUACUUCGAUUGCAUGUGCUGAUAGUAGGCUUGUUAAAUCAAUCAGUGAAGGUCAUACAUCGAGCUCAUCAGAUAACGCUAGUGAAAAUACUUCCAUGCAGAGAUCACAGUCCCUUCCACAAACUUCCACCCCUCCCUUGGUGAGUGGAAUGGCAGACUGUAAUACCUCAGUUACUCCUGCAUUAACUGAAAGAGAAGCAUCCCGAUUAGACAAAUUUAAGCUCCUACUUGCUGGUCCCAAUACAGAUCUUGAAGAAUUACGGAAAUUGAGUUGGUCUGGCAUUCCCAAACGGGUUCGUCCAAUUGCAUGGAAGCUUCUUUCAGGCUAUCUUCCUGCAAAUGUGGACAGAAGAGAAAGCACUUUACAAAGAAAACGCAAAGAGUAUUUUGCAUUUGUUGAGCAGUAUUAUGAUUCCAGAAAUGAUGAAAAUCACCAGGAUACCUAUAGACAGAUCCAUAUAGAUAUCCCACGCAUGAGUCCUGAAGUUUUAAGACUACAGCCCAAAGUAACAGAGAUCUUUGAAAGAAUUUUGUUUAUCUGGGCAAUACGUCAUCCAGCCAGUGGAUAUGUUCAGGGCAUAAAUGAUCUUGUUACUCCUUUUUUUGUAGUCUUCGUUUGUGAAUAUAUAGAAGAAGAAGAAGUGGAAAAUUUUGAUGUUUCCAGUCUGCCUGAAGAAGUGCUGCAGAACAUAGAAGCUGACAGUUACUGGUGCAUGAGCAAGUUGCUUGAUGGCAUUCAGGAUAACUACACAUUUGCACAGCCAGGAAUUCAGAAGAAAGUGAAAAUGUUGGAAGAACUUGUUAGUCGGAUCGAUGAACAAGUUCAUAGGCACUUGGAUCAGCAUGAGGUGAAAUACUUGCAAUUUGCGUUCCGUUGGAUGAAUAACUUGCUGAUGAGAGAAGUCCCUUUACGGUGUACCAUCAGGUUAUGGGACACAUACCAAUCUGAACCAGAGGGUUUUUCUCACUUCCACUUGUACGUCUGUGCUGCUUUCCUUGUCAGGUGGAGGAAAGAGAUCCUGGAAGAGAAAGAUUUUCAAGAAUUGCUGAUAUUUUUGCAAAAUUUGCCCACAGUACACUGGGGAAAUGAAGAAAUCAGUGUACUCCUAGCAGAGGCCUACAGACUGAAGUUUGCAUUUGCAGAUGCCCCCAAUCAUUACAAGAAAUGAAUAUAAAGAACCAAAAAUCAUGAAGACCAAUGUGUUCUGCAGUAUUAUGGCAUCUGUUCUGGUUGUGCUUUCAGCUCAUUGUUCUUUCAUUUGAAUUAGGAUGACCAUUAAAAUUGUGUUAAAAUUUGCAGAAUGAGAACAGAAUACCAAAGAAAUGGACAAAGCAGGAUAUUGAGCAUAGAAUGAACUUAAAAGUGAACUUUUGUUCAGCAUGAAAAAAGAGUUCAGAGUCUGUCACAUCAUUUUCUUCAUUUUUUUACUUUCUCUAAUUGCAGUCUGUCUAAUUUAUGUCAAGCAAUUUUUGUAUGUACCUAAGACUUAAAACAACUUAUGGAGUGAUUUUGUCAUCACCUGCCAUGACUUUAUCAGCCAGUUUUGGUCAGUAAAAGUUAUUUCCUUUGAAUGGGAAAAAAAGAACUUUUCAGUGUUGUAAAGAUCAAAUGAGUCAGCAAGGCCUGGGUUUGGAGGCCUGAUUGUAAGUCAAAAGACACUGAUAAUUCGCACACCAUUUGCUGUUUUCCCAUGCAAUUAGGUUAGAAUAAUAAUGUAAGAAUAGAGAAGGUUGCGGUGGAAAUUGGUGGCAUUUUUCUAAACAUUACUCAGUCUUGCAGAGUGCUGUAUAAGCUUUUUAACCCUACAGAGGAGUUACUUAAAGCUGAAGAGUCAUCUGUAGUACUAAAGUAAAUCCCUCUCUAUAUAUUUGAGAUUGUAUUGAAAAUAUUGAGUGAAAUAGAAGACAUGGUCUUGUUAAAAUAAUUAAAGCUUUUCUUUUGAGGCCUUUCAAUUUUUCAGCAUGAAAGUUCACUUUUAAGAAACAUUAAGAAGCUUGGUUUACAAAGCAAGAUACAUUUUUAUCUCAGUUGUUGCCUUAUUCUCCAUUUCUAGCAUGUUAGAAAAGGAAAAGUAAUGUUUCUAAAGCUUAUUUGUUAAAUAAUUGAAUACCCUUUUUUUCUGAUUAUUCAGAGGAAGUGAGAAGAUAGUUCCCAGUAACAAUAGCAGUAACUUGUAUACUCGGAUCACUCUUGUUUCAUUAGCAGAAUAAAAGUCUUCUAUGACUUUAUAGAAUGAAAUUAGUGUUCUUCACAUUAUCAUGGGAUACUGAAUAAUUUCUUAAAACUCACAUAAUUUAAGUGUGCUAUUUAUUUUCAAGAAAACUUUUCAGAUAAGAAUUCUGAUGUUGCUCUAUUAGAUGUAAAUAAGUGUUAUUACUUUGUGCCUACCCUACACAUUUAAGGGUGAGAGCUACACAUUUAAGGGUAUUUGAGGGUGAGAGCUGCAAUAAGCAACAUGAUGGAAGCUCAGAAUUGUUAUUCCUCAUUUUGGUUCUUGAGUUGCACAAUGUUGCGUGAAAAAUGUAGUGCAAUUGUAAGUUUGGGAAAUAACAGAUCUGUAAGAGAUUUUCUCUUAUGACUGGUUUUUGGAAGAUUAUUUUCAAGUUCUUAAAAAUAUGUAGAUACAUAUUUUGAAGAAAGCUUUCUAGGUGUGUUAGUUACAUUACUUGCUUUAGGGGCCUUAGUUCUGGGCACUGACUUUAUAAAUAAUUAGGUGUUUCAGGGUAAAUAGACUAAAAUACAUUUUUACCAACACAUGAUGAUGAGAUGUGUAUUUUCAAAUUAUAUGAAAGCUUUAGUAGAAGAGAAAAAAAAAAGUAAUUCAGAAGCGGGAGUGUUUGGUGACUUGGAUGCAUUUCUUUUCCACUGGUGUCAGCUGGGGGUUUCAGUUGCAGUGGAUAUGAGAUCAGGCCUCCUGGAUUGCUGCAUUUGUGCCUAGACUGUGUAGUGGAUCUGUGUGUGUCUUUAAUGUCCGUAUAUUAUUUUCUGUAACUUCAGUUCAUGGUCUAAUGUAUUGAAAUUUAUGUUUACAAAGAAUGUCAUAUUGUGCCUAACAGAAUAUCUACCAAUAACAGAAUAAAAGAAACCUGAAAAUCAUGACCAUUUGAUUUAAAUUUAGUAUCUACAAUCAUUUGUUAAUAGAAAUGUGUAUUAUUGUAACGAGAAAAGACACACAACAUUAAAUGUACAAUGUUGUAAGAGUUUUCUAUAAUUAACUGGUUUUUAUUAAGACGUUGUUUAGGUAGUUACAUGUAAUAUGGAAAGUUGACCCAGGGUUGUUUGCUGUGUCAGAUGCUUCUGCAUAACAUUUAUGGGACUGGAUAUAUAAAAUUUCCUUUGUCGGGUCCACAUAGUUGUCUGCCACAUCUUCCAAAUUCGACAGGUACCUCUUACUUCCCUUGGAAGAAAGUAUUUUCAUUAGAGGUCACAUUUACUACUAUGUCUGUGUCAGAAGUCGAAUAUUGUACUUGAGCACAUUGCUUUUUUAAGGAUAGGGGAAGUUUCCUGGUAUACUAACAAUGCUUAUUUAUGUAGAUAUAGAGUUUUCUGGAAAAUAAAAUACAGAUAUAUAAAUAGCACUUAUAUAUCUAUACAGAUAGGAAUAGUACCUAGAAGGCCAACGUUUAUGCAAAAAUUCAAAUUUUCAGUACUGUAGAAUUUACAUAAAAUACAUCAUUUAUUGGAAAACCAACCCAACCCACCUCAAGUUUAACAAUUCUACAUCUCAGGUAAAUUGUCUUUCCAAACAAAAUAUGACAUAGAAAAGGAAGUACCAUUACCAUUAUUACAUCCCACGUACUUGUUUUUUUCAAAAUGCAAGAUUCCAGAUAUUAUAAAACUCCUUUGUAAAAUGUAUUUUCUUAUGAAGGGGGCAUCUUGACACGCUACUAGUGAAACCAGGCAGUCACUUCCUCAUGUGAAGUAUUAAAACCAUAGUGUCUAAAAUGUGUGUUAAAAAUAGUUCUGUAAUAAAACCUAAAACAAGAAUGUACAAUUUAAAAAGAUUUAUGACUACAGCAUUUGAAAAGUGUAAAUAACAAACAUGUUAGUUAACUGUGUAAAUACAGGACAUGGAGUAGGAUAGAAAUGUAAGUUGAAAUCUUAUAUAACUGUAAUAUAAGAAAUUACUUUCAUUACUUUUUGGCUCAGUUCCUUGUGGAAAGGCCCAUGAAUUCAUUUUUAACUUUAGAGCUACAGAAAGAAAGUAUCUGAAAUUCCACUGUAUACUCUUGACAAAUAUUACCACUGAGGCACCUGGUUAAAACUGUAAAACUGAUGAAAGAUGAGGAAAUAAAUGCAUAUUUAUGAAGUGC